AUGGAGUGCGAGAUGGUCCUCCUAGCCAUGCUUCCCGAAAAGGAAGGCGUAAUUCUAGUGCAGACGCCUCGCGUACGCACUAUUGCAGAACUGGAAAAUUUAAUUGUCGAUGAAUAUUCGCGCGUGUUUCCGCAGCUGCCACCGCUCAGCCGAAACUUGCGGAUACAGAAGUGCGUGGCACUAGAGUUAGUGCUGGACCGACGCGCACACACUACAGCACGCCAGCAAGCACCUCAUGUCUUUGUGGAUCUUGCCAAAAACGUUCAGAUCGGUAACGUGUUUCAAAAUAUGGAGCAAAUCUAUAUCGUGGUAAACGAAUUGGAGCAGCUAACACAUCCAGCAACCGUUAGGAAGGCGACAGAUCUGCACAUUGCGUCGACCAUCGCAAAAUCCUCUGUCCAAGGCUCUGGGGUGGUAGCUACAGAUACACAUAUCAACAGGGAAGAUGCCGUGGAGAAGAUGGCUUCGAAGAAGACUGCUGCUGAAAAGAAGAAGCGAACAUCGAAAAAACUAGCUUCGGACAGCGAAAACCGGAUUGUCACAAAGAAAACUGAUGAAGUUGAGAAUAACUAUACCAGGACGAUGACUGAUGAGGCAAUUUCAGCGUCCAAAAAGAUCUCGCUGAAAUCUGUGAAGACAGUCGCGGGGUCAGAAAGCUAUGAUAAAUCGAAUGUUGUCGCUGAGGAAAAGCACGGAAGAAAUGGGCUGAAGAAACAUCGAUGUAAGAUGCCGAAGUCGGUUGAAGAAAAUUACGGUCUCCAAUUGACGACAAAGACUACGGUAAAAGACGUAGGAGAUGUUGCAGAGAAGACGAGUAGGUCGACCAAGGUGACAGAAGAUAAGAAUUCUCUUUCUCCCAGUGGUUCCAAAAAGGCCAUUUCGAAAAAGAGUGAAAACGCUCUCCUGAAGAAGAUGCUUGCAGCAAAGCACGAUGCAGCUUCAUCGGGCGCAGCUUUGGUUGCAAAUUCUCUUUCACAUGGUGGAAGUGAUGUGGCACCGAAAGCGCCUUUUAACAGCGAGAAGAAGCGCAAAUCUACUUCCCUAGAUACCUCAAAAGCAGAUAUCACGUCGAAUUCCUGUAAAUCCCCAGCCAAGAAGAAAAGAAAAUCCGAAGUGAUAAAAACUAAGGUAAAUCGAGCAUCAAAGGUGAUAGAUGAAAAUAUGAGCGCAAGAUCGACCAAGAUCAAGGGAGCAGCUGAAUUGCGAACAAAGGCUACACCGACCAAUAUGUUUGAGUCUGAAAAGGGUUCGAAAAAAAACAUGGCUACAAAGGUAUUGGUGAAGGCCAACGAUGACUCGUCUACUGCGAGUGAAUCAACUUCUCCAACUUCUAAUUUGAAGAAGAUAAAGAAUGAUGCAACCAGACCAGUGACCAAACGUGCAAAGAAACCUGUCACAACAGCAAUACCAGCUGACAAAAAAUCUGAAUCGGUGGCAAAGGUGUCUAAAAUAUCCAAGGGCAUUGGAAGUGGUACGAUUUCUACUCCAAAUGAUGUGUCUAGGUCCAGCCCUAGACUGUCCACCCUGUCGACUCAGGCAGGCGAGCUGAUUACUGGUCAGGAGCCGGAAAGUGGUAAUAGGCCUGCUCUAAAAGCCACAGCUGUCCGUAGUGCUAAGCAGGAUUCGCACGACGAAAUUACGAGCGAGGGCCCAAAAUCACGAUUUCAAACAAUUUUGGAAAAGACGAAAAAGCGACUCGCUCAAGAGAAAGAGGCUAACGACAAUAUUCAGGGAGAGUGUGCUGAAGCGAAGAAUAUUGGUGGCAAUGUUAAAGAGACGUCGAACUCUGCCAGAAAAAUGUUAAUCCAAUCUUUGUCGGACUCAGAUGCUUCAGUUGGUGUCAAAGUAACAAAGCGCUUUUCAAAAUUUGCUGCACCUGUUGAGAGUAGUUCAUCGUCGUCUUCGGACGACGACGAACUUGCUUACUCCCAAGGCCUUCUGGCCGAUUUGACCAAGAACGAUACGGGUGAAGAAUUGUUGACGCCUGUGCUUGCUAAAGAAAAUAAAAAUUCAAAAAAGGAGAAUGUUAACUGCGUUGUUUCAUUGCAAGAACAAGAACUGCCACAGAAUAUGCUUUCGUCGGACCUACCGCAAAAAUUGCACGAGUCGAACAGCGUUUUACUUCCGAUCCUCACGCGAAAUCAAUUUUCUAUCGGCAAAUUAUCCGUAGCAAAGCUGAAAAAGUCAUCCAAGAAUCCGUUCUCGUCGCUUUAA